AUGAUUCACUCGAAGAGGCUUACUGAAAUAGCUGAGUGGCGCAGAACUGUUCUGUUAGGAAGAAGGAUCACAACGGCCAGAAGAGAAGCUUCUUUUAACAAUAAUAUAUGUAGUAGUUCAGUAGCAGAGAAAGGUCAUUUUGUGGUGUACGCUAUUGAUGAAAAGAGAUUCGUAGUUCCUUUAGCAUAUCUCAAUAGCAGGGUCUUUGCAGAGCUCUUCAAAAUGUCCAAAGAGGAGUUCGGCUUAUCGAGCAAUGGGCCGAUUGUGUUGCCUUGUGGUGCUACAUCAAGGAAGUACAUAAUGUCUUUGCUUGAAAGGAGGGUUUCAAAAGAGGUGGAAAAAGCAUUACUGAGCUCCAUUUUGACCCCAAGCCAUUCUACAUGUUGUUUGGCCCCUGUAGAAGUUAGCCCACAAAUAGCAACUUGUAGCUUCUAA